AAAUAAGGUACACGUAACACAUUGAAUGACCCAUGAUUUACGAGAUAAAUGCCCAUAGAAUAUUUAUAAACAAUGAAUGAAUUAUCUAGAAAACAACGCGACCUUUGGAGUGUGAACUUGGGGAAGCCGAAGCGUGCAAAACGGCGUGGGUAGAACGGUAAGCAGUGACAAUCAGCAUGGCUGUUUUAGGGGCCCAGCUGGUAUUUAGCCUUAUCAUCUUCAGCUUCCUGCAGAAGUUGUCCCCCUACCUGUCCCUGGGGCGAUGGCUGUUGGUUGGCAGAUUGGUCAGAUACCUACACCCCAGUGAGGAGGAGCUGAGGCGCGCAGCAGGGACACCCAGUAACUACCAGGGGAGAGGCAAGGGGAGAAAAGGAGACAAGAAGAACCACAAAGACUCUACGGACAAUAAUUUUACGGUCCCCCGUACAAUUGACAUCGCUCUGGACACUGCCCCAGUGGAGGCAGUUGACCUACUCCAGCUCAGAUUCUACCCAGACUAUCAAUGGCUUGUGGACUUCUCUUUGUCUGCGGGUGUGGUCUACUUCCUCACAGAAGUCUACUACACCAUAGGUCCCAGGUCAGAGUUCAACAUCAGCAUGCUUUGGUGCAUGCUGGCCAUUGGAUUCGCCCUGAGAGUGUUGAUGGCUCAGACAGCCAUGUACUUCAGGCUCGAGAACGGAGGAGAGAAGAUUCUGUGCGUGACUUUCGGUUUCUUUUUUCUGGUGGCAGCCAUGGGAGUUCUAGUCGUGGAUGAGUCCAUACUCGAAUUCGGUUUGGAGGAGGGUUAUGAGAACUUUUCCACAGGUGCUAAAAGUUUCCUAAAACAGCAGGAUGUGGACUACCAGGGGCCUGUGAGUUUCCUGACUUUCAAGAUUAUUCUUUCCUUUGUUUGUGCUAUUUUAGGAGCCUUGUUAACAUUUCCAGGACUUCGGUAUGGGAAACUACACAUUGAUGCUUUAAAAUAUGCAAGAGAAAGUAGAUUCAAACAACUACUCUUGCAGCUGAACUUCAUCUUGCCACUAGUGAUUAUUUUAUUGUGGAUCAAACCCAUUGGACGCACCAUGUUAUGUGGAAAACACUGGCGAGCUACAUACAAACACUUACAAGAAUCUCAAUUUGACAUUCUCCGAUUACUGUUGAUUGCCGCUAUGUUCUUGUUAAGACUCUGCUUAAUGCCGACCCACCUUCAAGCCCACCUCAACACUGCCUAUGAAAAAGUGGAGAACUUGAAGAAGGAGAGUGGCAGAAUUAGUGGAGUGGAAUUCCAGAAACUGGUGGCCAGGAUAUUUUACUAUCUGUGUGUGGUGACUUUGCAAUAUCUGACCCCUCUCAUUCUUCUGCUGUUUCUUAUGUUCCUUCAGAAGACUCUUGGCGAGUACUCCUGGUCAUCCGUUCUGGGAAAAGACAUGGAGGAUUAUUUUGCCUCUUUCAGCCAAAACUCAACUCAGGCUUCCGAAGGUGCUGGCAUUUCUAGUAGUUUGAACUCGACCACUCUCGAGUCGAUCGGCGAGACGGCUGCCCAGUUUUCCUUGACCUUUGUGAACUUGAGGCAGGUGUUCUCGGCUCAGUGGUAUCGCGGCUUGCUGUCCUUUGUGACGUGGUGGGUGUGUGCCUCCUGGUUUACCACCUCUGCUUUUGGAAUGUACUACCACUCUAAUGUAGGAUCAACAUAGGUGUAGGAUCAACAUAGGGUGUAGGAUGUAGGACAAAACUCGGAUUAAGUCCACAGGAGUGCCAUUUGUGUUGAGAAAAUAAGUCUGACCUUUGAUGCAAUAUCUGGUUCAUUUAAUUUUGUGCAAAAUAUAUUUGUAGGAUGUUUGAAACUUUCAUACAAUAUGGAGUGAAAAAAGUCAUAUCAUUUGAUAUAUUUUGUAUAAAGUAUGUGUCAUAUUAUUGAUUAUUUCUUUUUUAAACAUUUAACUGUUUUAAUGUUUUUGACGUAUAAAUUAGGAGUUCCAAGUAAAAAAAAAAAAAUGAGAGAUUUAAUCUACUGAGUACUGACUGGUUGUAAUAUGGUUUUAAUUAAAUCCUUGAAAAGGAAACAUAUUGUGGUAAGUCUGUAAGUUUGUCACUGUGCAUUUCUGUUGACAAUUUUGGCUUUGGAUAAAGACCACCUCAAGUGAAGGACCAGUGCAAAAAUAUAUUGAGGUUAAUACAUGGGCGAGGCCAUGAUGAAUUUUUUUUACAUGUUGAUUAGCAAUAAUGAAUAUUAAAGUAAACAAUUAAAUAUUUCUUGGCUUAAUCAUGAUUUUGCUUUGUAUAUCAUGUAUAUGGUUUAUAGACAACUUGCAUAUAUUAUGACAAUUUGUCGAUUGAUUUUAAGCAUUGCAACUACACAAGCCAUAUUAAACAGAGUUGUUUGAUGCUGUGUAGAGAGAAUAUGUAUUGAUUGAUAAGGCCAAAAAAAAAUUCUUGUUUCCUGUCCCCCGACCAAAAAAAAUUAGGGAAGGAAGGAAAAAAAAAUAUUUUAAGAAUUUUUUUUUUAUAAAUUUGGAGCAUGUGUGUAAUAAUGAGAAAAAUGAGAAUAUUCACAGUUUAUGAUACGUUAAUGAAGAUUUAAAAUUUCCAAAUGUCUUUGUGUUAUUGAUAGAUGUAAUGUAUAUCAUUAGUCAACAACAGGCAGUGAAUUUUUUUUUUCAAUGAAAAAUAAAAACCUAUUUUAGUUGCAAAAUUUAAUCUACGUGUAUGAAUGUAUUAAUGCCUUUUAUGAAUAAAUAUUUCUUUAUUGUGAUAGCUUAAUGACAAUAUUUAUUAAAUCAGUCUCUGUACUUCUGUGUAUUUGGGGUAUUAGUCCAACCCUUUGACCCACUUAAUACCGUAUGCUGUUUAGUUCACAAGAUAAUGUAAAAAAAACAGUUUUAUGGUAAUAUUAACAUUUAUUGCGGAGUGAUUAACCAAGAGCAGGUUAUUAACUGUCUAAUAUCAGGAUUUAACAAAAGUAAUAAUUUAAACAUCGGUUUUGUUGUGUGCAGUUGCAUCACCCGUAUUUAUAACCCCAGAAGAUAAGAUUUUGCCAGUUUUUAACCGUAUGACGAUAUAUUUUCUGCAGUAAAGAUGUCUGUAGAUAGGUUACUCUCAUUCUGUUGCAAAUGAGGUUAAUUUAGUUACCGUUCACCAUUAUGAUCUAAAAAAAAAUAACUUAGGGUCGGAGGGUAUAAGAUAGGGUCGGUCGGGAGACAGGAAACAGGGAUUUUUUUUUGCCCUAAGGUGGCUGUGGGAUUAACUACUGUAAUAUAUAAAUAUGAACUGAGAGCAAAGUGUGAGUCAUAGAUUAUCAUAAUACUUGUAUAAUGUGUUCUACUCUGGACUGUGAACACUGGACUGUACAUAGCAAUGUAUGUUGACGUUUUGUAAAUGCAAGAAAGACACUGUUUGUGCAAUAUGUAAUUGGUCAGAUUUUAUCUUAGCUUAUAAAGUGAACAUGUGAACAUUGUGAGAAAAUAAAGAGCAAAGACGUGAACUGGCAACAUACAUGUAAAA